AUGACGAAAGACAAUUAUGAUGUUAAAUCGAGAAGUAAACAUAAUGGAGAGGACGUUGGUUUGACGAAGAAAGAUGACGAUAAAGUAGAAUUAAAGCGGCGAAUCACGCUGUUCAAUGGCGUCGCGAUCAUCGUCGGAUCGAUCGUUGGAAGUGGCAUAUUUCUGACCCCCAAAGGUGUUCUGGAAGGUGCCGGAUCGGUUGGCUUGUCAAUUCUAGUUUGGGCUGGAUGUGGUGUUAUCUCCCUUGUUGGAGCUCUUUGUUAUGCAGAACUUGGUACCACCAUCACACGAUCUGGAGGUGACUAUGCUUACAUGUUGGAAGCCUUUGGGCCUUGUAUGGCUUUCCUACAACUAUGGGCUAACCUUAUCAUCAUACGACCUACAGCACAGGCCCUAGUGGCGUUGACCUUCGCUUACUAUGUACUGCAACCAAGCUUUUCGACGUGUGACCCCCCUCUCAUGGCUCUGAAGUUGCUGGCUGCCUUAUGUAUCAGUAUUCUGACGUUCGUGAAUGUUUACAGUGUUCGAGCAGCAACUCGUAUUCAGGACAUCUUCACUGUUGCGAAGAUUUUGUCUCUUAUCAUCAUAAUCAUCACGGGUUUUGUUCUUAUUGGACAAGGUGAGACGGAGUACUUUGAGAAUCUGUGGGAAAAUACAGCUGGAAAAGGUGGUGAUGUUUCGGGGAUAUCGCUAGCUCUGUACAAUGGCUUGUUUGCCUAUGCUGGAUGGAACUUCCUGAAUUUUGUCACAGAAGAAAUGAUAGAUCCUUUCAAAAACCUACCAAGGGCUAUCUACAUUUCUAUCCCUAUAGUAACAGCUGUGUAUAUCCUUACCAAUAUCGCCUACCUCACGAUCAUUUCACCCUAUGAGAUGUUAAACUCCAAUGCUGUCGCUGUGACAUUCGGUUACAAAGUGUUCAGUGUGAUGGCUUGGAUUGUACCUGUGUUUGUAUCACUCUCUACAUUUGGAGGUGUGAAUGGUCUACUCUUCACAUCAGGAAGAUUGUUCUUCGUGGGGGCAAGGGAGGGCCACCUUCCUGAUUUCCUGUCUAUGAUUCAUCAUCGUAGAUUCACACCCAUGCCUGCCAUGUUGUUCACUGGUGGACUUUCACUGAUCAUGUUGAUUGCGGACGAUGUUUCCUCCCUCAUUAACUAUAUGAGCUUUGUACAAUGGCUUUCUGUAGGAAUGUCAAUUGUCAAUCUCAUCUACUUACGGUUCAAACAACCUGACCGAGAGCGACCAAUCAAGUUCCCGUUGUUUGUGCCGUUCCUGUUCUUGGUGUUUGUUUUGUUUCUUUUGAUUGUACCCCUUUAUGCUGCUCCCUACGACACUGGGAUGGCCGUAGUGAUAAUCUUGUCAGGAAUACCUGUCUACAUCCUUGGUGUUGUCUGGAAGAGCAAGCCGAAGGUCAUCAUAGAAUUUAUAGAGAGUUGUACAAGACUUGGACAGAAAGUAUGUGAAGUAACAAAACAAGAACAAUAGUAAUUCUUAAUAGGCAAAUUUCAGUGGUAAUCUUAUUUUUAUGGUUCAACUCCGCUCUCGCUUGUCCUAAGCCCACGUUGAGAAAGGGGGAAGUUGCUAUUGUCCAUUACACAUCAUACUGACUAGUCAACUUACCAGUAGCCUAGAACAGAAGCAUGUCCUAACCAAAGCUGGAUAGGGAAGUGUAAUUUUAAAUUGACUACACAAAUACAUGAUGGAAAAUGUUAAAAAGUUGAAUAUGAGAUGUAUUUGGUUGCUGUCGUGCAAAAUGUCAGAAGGUAUUCAAAAUUUUCGUGUUUCAUAAAUUUACUUUAUUCAUUUAUAUACUCCAUGAGAUUUGCAGAAUCGUGGUUAAAAUAUCAUGAUAUUUGGCUCUAUAAUGGAAAUAUGAUACCAUUGAUAAAGCCUGGUAUUGUAACAUACAUUUAUUUAUAGAUAUAUAUAAACUUUAUCUAUUUACAACAAAUAGGAAACAAGCUUUAAGCUUAUAUUAAUCAAUCUUGUUUCCCCGUAUGGAAGUAAGCGAGUCUUAUUAUGGGAGGAAACUGGAGUGCCCUGCGAAAACUCAUGUGGUCGGAUAGGUGGCGCAAUACCUUUUCACGUCUGUGCCGGGAAUCGAAACCCCGGACACUGAGGUGGAAGGCGAUUGUGUUAACAUCGUGUCACCUGACCACCCAUAUACAGUAUUUAACUACCCAGAACACUUAGAAAUAAGGUUGCACUGAUUUGUGUUUGUGAACAGUUAUCCAAUGUGUUCAAAACUUCUAGAAACAAUUUCUGUCAUGGGCGAUUUCAUUAUUUGUUCAUGACUGGUCAUAGAGGGGUAAACACUCGCUGUAUAUAUGUCUAUUUAUUUCAAGUAUUAUCAUAUCUCCAUCUUGUGAUAUCAUACCCAUAUACUUAUCAACUAUCUGGGUUUCUUUGAAAGGGGAAGGGGUGGAGGGGGUUAUUGUGCAUAUCAAUUGCGGAGCCUGAUAAAAAUCUUUUUACAGCUGAACCUCGUUAUCUUGAACUCAGGGGAACCAUGGGAAAUCUUUCAGAUAAGCUAGUACUCGAUUUAUGUGAGUUCAAACUUCAGGUUAUACGAGUUAGAGAUAUUGAUGUUCGACGGUAAAGAAUUCCAUUGAAAAGCUAUGAAAUAACUUAUACUAAGCUGUUGCAUCGGAUAAAAUAAAUCGAUUUUCAAAAUUGUGAAAACUUACUAAGUUAAUUUAAAAAUUGGCUGAAAUUUGUUUAAAAUGUUAAAGAGAAAAUGGUAAAAGUCACUUCAAGGAGGAACGAGGGGUAAAAAGAUAUUAAUGAAGUUUCACAUGUUCGGGGAAUGCCUGAAUAUCAGUGCCACAGCUUUCAUGCUUUUGGCUUGGAGGUGAUAGUCUGACUAACCUUGUUGGUAGUUUAUCCUGUGUAAUAUUUAUAAGUGAUAUUGUUCAGGAAAUAUUUACUUGUUUUCGAAAAAUUACGAGUUUCAGCUUCUAGAUUGAAGUCUUGAUCAUUCAGACUCUUUUUUUCAUAUUAUCAGUUAAAAGUGACGGUGUGCGUGUGCUUGAGUGUGCAAUGAUAGGAUGUGUUUGGUAUAAUGUGAUACCAAUUUCCAGUAAGUCUAUUUUUUAUCGGUACACUGACGAGAUUUUUGUGUGAAUGCUGCAUGUCUUUGUUUUAAUAUUUAUUAUCAGCUAUAAGGUUUUUGAAUGUGGUAACAUUAUGCAGUGAAAAUGAUAGAGAGUUGCGGUUUUUGUAUAAGAACGUCGUACCUUUUUAGCGAAUUGAUCCUAAAUAUCAAAUCUUAUGAUAUUACAAGCAGAGCCACAACCGAUAUUCUGGUAAGUUUAUGAAACAACCUCAUUUAUUCCACAGAAACAUAUUGGUUCCCUGACCAAAGAUGAUACCAGCACACAAUAACGGUGACUUUGCACUUAAGUCUUAAUUGCAUUUUGUUCCUGGUGUCAGUCAGGUUAUGUGAAAAAUGCAUAAUAAUAUUUUUUUCCGUUUAAAAUUUUUUUUGUGAAUACCUGUUUUUUACCACCUUUUUUUUAUUAGGAAAAAAAAUCUUAAGAAUAUGGUAUUAGCAACAUUUUGUCUUAAGAUUGAAGUUUUUUGUGAUUCAUUGAAAUUGUUUUAUGAAAUGAAUAUUUUGCAUUGAGUAAGAACGGAUGAGUUAUGCCACUUGCGGUAAACAGAGUACCCCACAUCUAGUCAUUAUACAUUUCACUGCAAUAUUUAUUUAAACAAUAUCAUUGCGUUGCGGCAAAGAAGGUUAAGAUGAUACACACGUUGAACAGCUUGGAUGUUUACUCUUUGUAUAUUCUGUAAUCGCAAAGUAUGUGUCAGGGGAUGUAUUUUUAUUUAAGUGCAAAUAAACAUGUAUUAUAUUGUAUCAAAUGGAAAAAAAAACAUAAUGAAUCUCACGAAUUAUUUUGAUAUUUAACUUGCAUUUGUAAUCAAAAACCACCUCUGUUGAAGACAUUCCUGUCUAGACCUACUCAUUACAUGCGUCACUGUUGGCUUCCAUAAUAAUUGUCUUAGUGUAAGUAGUCUCAUAAAUUUAUGACGUUGAAUUUCCAUUAUGUCCAUGUACUAAGUGUUACAUCCUCUUCAUAUUUAUUUUGUUAAAAAAGUUACAGUUACGAAAAAAUAGGAACAACUGAGAAGCAAGGUAACGAAAUAUAUCAUUUUAAUAUUGUUUGUUUGUACGAGCAGUAAACUUAAGAACAAAUCUAUUGUUGGUAGAUCUAGUUAACAUUUUUUUAAAAAAAAAUAUUGUUCACUUUUAUAUGGUUGAAAAGAAUUGCCUUCAUUCCACCCUCAUGAGAAUAUUAUUAAAUAUACAAAUUGGCAUUACCUUGUGUACUGAGAUUUCUAUAUAAAACUUUUACUUGAUAAUAUCAACACACAUAGUAUUAGGUGCUAUAAAGGGUUAUUUCCUAGUACAGGUGAAAAUUAGGGUAAAAAUUUAACUAUUUCUCAGUAUAAUUUACCACUGCCAUGAUAAUCUAUACAGAGCAAUGUUAGACAUUUGCCAAGUAAUUUUUUUUAAUAAAAUUUAUUUUUAUUGUACUGAUAUUAGCCCUAUACAUAUUUUUACUACUGAUUUUUAUGCACAUUAUUGCAAGCGAUGUUUUUUUCUUUACU